AUGAAAAAGAGAAACUGGGGGAAGAGGGCUUGUAACAGAAUUGAGAAAGCUAUUCCUCUGACGCAACAGAAAGUCCAAACCAACUCUGUGGAUGGGGGUGAGGGACCACAGAGCCCGCGCUUUGAGAGCCGCGGGCGGAGCAAGGCCCGCACUGCCGUCCGCGCUCGCGGGCGCGUGGGCUGGCUCCGUGACUGUCUGUCGAGUCGAUGCGUGUCUAUGAAACCCACCGCCUCCGCUGCCGCACAGGCGGCCCCGCUCGCCGCAGUGGGCAGUGCCAGCCCCGCCUCGAGCCCCUCUGAGCCACGCUGA